AUGCUCAGGCUCGUUAGUGGAAACGUGAAAAGAUCUUUGAUCCGUCAUAGUUCUUCUUCUACUUCUGCUUUGGCUUAUAAACAAUUACACAAGCACAAUACUCCUCCACCUUUGCCAACACUAGAGACCCCAUCCUGGAAUGUUGACACUGCAGUCUCUUCUAUUUUAUACGAGACGCCUGCUGCCUCUACAGAACCAAGAACGAAUCAUGUUUUAAACUGUUUGGUUCAGAAUGAACCUGGUGUUUUAUCUAGAAUCUCUGGUACUUUAGCUGCUAGAGGUUUCAAUAUUGACUCGUUGGUCGUCUGCAAUACAGAAGUUAAAGACUUAAGCAGAAUGACAAUAACCAUCAAAGGUCAAGAUGGUGUUAUCGAACAAGCCAGAAGACAAAUUGAAGAUUUAGUUCCAGUGUACGCUGUGUUGAACUAUACUAAUGCUGAAAUUGUUAAAAGAGAAUUGGUUUUGGCUCGUGUCUCUUUAUUAGGUGCUGAAUACUUUGAAGAUCUUUUAUUGCAUCAUCAUCAAACUACAGGCAAUGUUGAUUCUAGUGAAUUGGUUUCUGAAGUUAGAGAAAAGACAUUUCAUCCUUCUAACUUGCCAUUAAGUGAAGUCCUAAGAUUGAAACAUGAGCAUUUAAAUGAUAUCACUAAUUUGGCUAAGAAUUUCGGUGGUAGAGUCGUCGAUAUAAGUGAAGCCAGUUGCAUUGUCGAGUUAUCAGCUAAACCAAAGAGAAUCUCUGCUUUCCUAAAAUUAAUUGAACCAUUCGGUGUUUUAGAAUGUGCAAGAAGUGGCAUGAUGGCUUUACCAAGAACUCCAGUCAAGACUGCUGGCGCGGAAGAAGAUGAUGAGGCAAAGAUAAGUAACAUUGUCGACAUCUCGCAAUUACCACCUGGUUAA